UCGAUAUCAUUAUCGAGAUUAAUUUUUGAUAUAUUUUUCUCAUCUCUUCUCAUCUGCUGAAAACCCUAGAAAGAGAAACAGACAACAAGCUUACGGAAAGAAAGAAGAAGAAAAUCAAGGAAAGAAGAUGGAUUUGGACCAGUGGAUCUCAAAGGUCAAGGAAGGCCAGCAUCUUUUGGAGGACGAACUUCAACUUCUCUGCGAAUACGUUAAAGAGAUUCUUAUUGAGGAAUCCAAUGUGCAGCCUGUAAAUAGUCCAGUCACUGUUUGUGGCGAUAUCCAUGGCCAGUUCCAUGAUCUAAUGAAACUUUUCCAAACAGGAGGUCAUGUUCCGGAUACAAAUUACAUAUUUAUGGGUGAUUUUGUUGAUCGAGGUUACAAUAGUCUUGAAGUUUUCACGAUUCUUUUGCUUCUCAAAGCUAGAUACCCAGCUAACAUAACCCUUUUGCGUGGAAAUCAUGAGAGCAGGCAACUGACUCAGGUAUAUGGUUUUUAUGACGAGUGCCAAAGGAAGUAUGGAAAUGCCAAUGCAUGGCGGUAUUGUACAGACGUUUUUGAUUAUUUGACGCUCUCAGCAAUCAUAGACGGCACUGUGCUCUGUGUCCAUGGUGGCCUUUCUCCUGAUAUUCGAACAAUCGAUCAGAUAAGGGUUAUUGAACGAAAUUGUGAAAUUCCUCAUGAGGGGCCCUUUUGUGAUCUCAUGUGGAGCGAUCCCGAAGAUAUUGAAACAUGGGCAGUCAGUCCACGUGGAGCGGGUUGGCUUUUUGGGUCCAGGGUCACUUCUGAGUUUAAUCACAUAAACAAUCUUGAUCUGGUUUGUCGAGCACACCAGCUUGUACAAGAAGGCCUCAAGUACAUGUUCCAAGACAAGGGCCUCGUUACGGUGUGGUCUGCGCCAAACUACUGUUAUCGUUGUGGGAAUGUAGCUUCUAUAUUGAGUUUUAAUGAGAACAUGGAGAGAGAGGUGAAGUUUUUCACCGAGACGGAGGAGAACAACCAGAUGCGAGGACCCAGGACAGGAGUUCCAUAUUUCUUAUAGUCAUUUGGAGGAUAGCCCUGCAUAACUUGUAUAAUUAUUGAUUGAACUGUUGCCAUAGGUCAUUGCAAUUUGAAGGUGGACCUUUCUCACACACUGCCUCUGGAGAUUUUCCAUUAUUUAGGUUGCUUUCAAUAUCUGUGGAUUCUGUAUUAGCUUUUCUAAGUUGUCAUUCGAUUAUUCAUCCAUGGCUGUUUUCUUCCAUUAUGUUAAUUCUCUGCGAAACUGGCUCAUUUCCUUUAAUAUCAUAGCCUAUUUUGUAUCUUUUAACACA